CGCCGGCGGCGGCGGCGGCGGCGGCGGCGGGAGGUUCGACUGUUGCCGGGAGACCGGGCGGCGCCGCCUGCAGGUGCGGGGCCCGGAGCAGAAAGCGGAGCAGUGGGUCGGACCGGGCUGCGCCAGCGGGGGAGCAUGGUGCAGAUCGUGGUGUCCAGGGCCGGGGCCGGGGCCGGGGGCCUGGAGGAGUGGGUGCUGGUGGAGCUGCAAGGGGAGAUCCAGGCUCGCUGCAGCGCGGGGCUGGCCGGGAACCUCCUGGGAGACCUGCACUACACGAGCCAGGGGGUCCCCGUGCUCAUCGUGGGCCACCACAUCCUGUACGGGAAGACCGUGCGCCUGGAGAAGCCCUUCGCCGUCCUCACCAAGCGCGGAGCGGGCGAGCAGGGGGCCGACCCCAGCCCCGCCACCCACUACCUGGUGACCGCCCUGAUCAAGACCAAGCUGCUCUUCAAGACCCGCCCCAAGCCCAUCAUCACCAACGUGCCCAAGCGGGUGUGAGGGGCCGGGCCCUCCCCUGCCAACGCCCAGCCCGGACCGCGCCCGGCUCCCACCCCGGGGGCAGGAGUUUUUGGGCCACGAGCCCUGCUCCUUGCCCCGUGACUAUCGUGGCCAGAGCCCCCCACGCCCACGCACGGGUGACCCCAGCUCCCGGCCUGCAGCGACCGGGGCACAGCACUUGGGGCAGGUCCACGCCGCCCCCCUUGGGCUGGAGCGGGGCAGACCGUGCGCGGCGGGCCCGGCUCUGCCAACGCGGCCGGGCAGGCAGCGCCGCCGUCCCCCGCCCCGCCCCGCCCCGCCCCGCCCCCCGGGACGGCGACCGCGGGCAGCGGAGACGCAGCAGCCGCCCCGUGUGCAAGUGUCUUUAUUGUGACAAACCCGUCGGGAUAUAAAAACAGACCUUCCAAAAUAUGAAAAAACGCAGGUAAAAAAUAAAUAGCUUUACAAACA